AACUCACCUUGAGCUUACCAAAAAGCAACUAAAAUUUGCUCAAACAUUUCUUACUCUUUCCUUCUUCCUUUCCUUUCAUUCACACUUCUCUUUCAAAGAAAAAAAAUGACAACAGCAACAACAACAACAAAACAUGUAGAUCAACAAUGUCAACAACAAGAAGACGUUGUUGUAGUCAUAGUUCCUCUUCCUGCACAAGGCCAUCUCCAUGCAUCCCUCGAACUCGCCCGCCGCCUCUCCUCCAACCUCCCCGUUUACUACGUGAGCACCACUGCUCACGUACAUCAAGCUCAGUUGCGAGCACGCGACUGGGACCCCCUAAAAAGUACCCCAAACCUCAUUUUCUCCGAAUUCCACGUGUCAUUCGAUAUCCCUCCUCCGAACCCUAACGCAUGCAUUAAAUUCCCUUCACAACUAGUCCCUGCAUUUAACUCCUCUCUCCAACUACGCGAACCUGUUACAGACCUCGUUAGAAAAAUGGCACGAAUAUCGAGGAAAGUCGUCGUGAUUCAUGAUUUCCUAACUUCUUAUGUUGUUCAGGAGGUACCCAAGAUACCUAAUACUGAGUGCUACUGUUUACACACUGUUUCUGCAUUUGUUGUAUUUUCUUACAUUUGGGAUGCGGUUAAACCAGUUGUACCUCCUGAAGUGGAAGUUGUACUUAAACAACUUCCAUCUCUCGAAGGGUGUAAUUCUCCUGAACUGGAAGAAUUUGCUCAGAAACAAAUAGAUGCUAGGGUUUAUGGUGCUGGAAAUAUUUUCAGUACAUCUCGAGUUAUCGAAGGAUUGUAUCUUGAUCUACUAGAAAAAAUGUCUGGUCAUAAGGAUUUUAAACAUUGGGCUCUUGGUCCAUUCAAUCCUGUAGAACUUGAAACUCCAACAACUGUCGUUAACCGCCAUUAUUCUCUAGAAUGGCUCGAUAAACAGCCUGUAAACUCGGUGAUUUUCGUUUCAUUUGGAUCAACAACUUCGUUAUCUGAAGAGGAAAUCAAAGAGCUAGCUUUUGGGUUGGAGCAGAGUCAACAACAAUUUAUCUGGGUCCUGAGGGACGCAGAUAAAGGAGAUAUAUUCUCAGGUGACGUACGAAAAUGUCAAUUGCCUGAAGGAUACGAGGAGAGGGUAUUGGAAAGAGGGCUCGUGAUGAGAGAUUGGGCCCCGCAAUUGGAAAUUUUGGGACACGUGUCGACAGGUGGAUUCAUGAGUCAUUGCGGGUGGAAUUCUUGCAUGGAGAGUAUUUCAAUGGGAGUGCCAAUUGCCGCGUGGCCAAUGCAUUCUGAUCAGCCUAGAAAUGCUCUAAUGAUAACUGAAGGGCUGAAAAUCGGGAUAUCGGUGAGAGAAUGGGAGAAAAGAAAUGAAGUGGUGAAUGCAGAAACUGUUGAGAAAGCUGUGAGAACAUUAAUGAUGUCGCCGGAGGGAGAGGAGAUGAAGAAGAGAGCUGUAGAGCUGAAGGAAGCAGUGAAGUUGUCAGUGAUGGAGGGUGGUGUAACUCAGAAGGACAUGGAAUCUUUUGUUGCUCACAUCACUAGAUAAAAAAUCCCCCCCCCCCCCCCCCCCCUUCUUCCCCUUUCCCCUUUAAAUGGUGUGUAUUUCCCUCCUUUUUUUUUAAAUAACAAUGAUGUUCAGGCUAAUUUGUGAGUAUUUAAAACUUUUUAUGGUUUAUCUUUUAUCAAUAUAAGUAUUGAAUAACUCUAAUAUAUCAGUUUUGUUUCCCUAU